AUUUUCGGUGAAGACGUGCCCGGAGUGACGUGUCUCUUGUACCUUCCUGGUUUCAUCAACAUGGCUACACAACAGGGAGAAGUUGACGAGCUCUUCGAUGUCAAAAAUGCUUUUUACAUUGGAAGUUAUCAACACUGCAUUAACGAAGCUCAGAAAGUGAAGCCAUCAAGUCCAGAAAAAGAAGCAGAGAGAGACAUAUUCUUAUACAGAGCAUACAUCGCUCAGAGAAAAUAUGGUGUUGUGAUGGAUGACAUCAAGCCCAGCUCCUCAGAGGAGCUGCAGGCUGUGAGGAUGUUUGCAGACUACCUGUCCAAUGAAGGCAAAAGGGAUGCAAUUGUGGCAGAGCUUGAUAAAAAGAUGGCCAAGAGUGUAGAUGUGGCCAACACUACCUUUCUGCUCAUGGCAGCUUCCAUCUAUUUCCAUGAAUCAAACACAGAUGCUGCACUCCGAACUCUCCACCAGGGGGACAGCCUAGAGUGCAUGGCCAUGACUAUUCAGCUUUUGUUGUCGUUGGAUCGAGUCGAUCUGGCAAGGAAAGAGCUGAAGAAGAUGCAAGAGCAGGAUGAAGAUGCCACCCUGACUCAGCUUGCCACAGCUUGGGUCAAUCUGGCCGUUGGAGGAGAGAAACUGCAGGACGCGUUCUACAUCUUUCAGGAGAUGGCUGACAAGUACUCUCCCACGCUGCUUCUCCUGAAUGGCCAGGGUGCCUGCCAUAUGGCCCAGAACAAGUGGGAGGAGGCGGAGGGGGUUCUUCAGGACGCCCUGGACAAGGACAGCGGCCACCCUGAGACGCUUAUCAACCUCAUUGUGUUGACCCAGCAUGUGGGCAAGCCGCCUGAGGUCACAAACCGCUAUCUGUCUCAGCUCAAAGAUGCCCACAAAGCACACCCUUUCCUCAGGGAUUAUUUUGCCAAGGAGAAUGACUUUGACAGGCUUGCUAUGCAGUAUGCUCCCAGUGCUUGAGGUGCAGACUGCGCUAUUGUGGAAUAUGUACAUCUGCAGUUGCUCUUCUUUACCUGUUGUGUUACCAUCAUGGCAAGAUCACCUUUUCUAAUACAAUUUGCUUUAUUGUACAUUUUUAUUGUAUGUGUAGACUAAACAUUCCUCACAAUAAACAUUGAUGCCCUUCACAUGA